GGAGGAGUUGUGGUGUCGGUCUGCAGCUCAGAUCAGACUUUCACACAAAAGCCUGGAGCUGCCGAGAGACGGCCAACCGACAGCCAGUCUGUCUGUCUGUCUGUUUGGACAAACUGACGCUGAAGAGAAAGAGCAAAAAGUCUUCAGAGGGGGUCAAACCGAAGCAGCAGGAGGAGCAGAAAUCAGAAAAGGUGGAGGCACUCGAGCAGGAGGAGAGCUGAGUCUGCACAUUGUGCUCUAAAGCUCCUACAGACGUUUGAUUUCAGGUUUCUGGAUCCUCAAAAGUUGUUCCUCAGCUUUAUCUCGGAGGAGCUGGACUGACAGAAACCCUCAGUCGGCACACCCGGGGAAGGUUUUUAAUCUGAAAACCACAUCAGCCGGAUUCCUCUGAUUGUUUCUGCGGAUACGUGACGUGGAGAUGGAGGCACGGAGACUGGUAACGUUUAGAUUCCUGAAAGAGUGACAAAGAGGAAAAGAUGGGAGCGAGAGGGGGAGGAUGAAGGAGGGUGAGACAUUUUUGACCUCCACAUGGCUUCAGCCAGAGAGUGAACCACCAGAGAGUCGCAGCUGAAGUUCAUUUUCCUGAAUGGAGAAAAGAGUGAAGCAGAUAACCGAUGCCGAGUGCGCCUGUGUGGAUUUCUCUGAGAGCAAAACUGACUCUGAACAAGCAGAAAGUGACUGAUUCAAAAACAAACACUCAUAUUUUAAAAUAAAAAGACAAAAGAGAAGGAAAAAUCUCAUGAGUGGAGAAUGAACUGAAUAAACCCUGACCUGCGUACAGGUGUGCAGUGACGUACCUGUGCAGGCAUGCAGCUGAACCGACCUCGCAGCACUCUGCUCAGCCUCCCUGCUCCUCCUGCUCCCUCCUUCUCCAGUCAGUUCAGCACCAUGAGGUUCUCCUACCACCUCAACACACCACCACAUGGCAGCCGCAGCGCCACCUGCAGGACAGGUCCCUCCUCCUCCUCCAGUCCCAGCUUGCUGACUAAGAGCCUCUCUCUGGAGCCGUCCUGCUCACCGUGCGGCCACCUGGGGGCGCUGGAUGCCGACUCUUCGCAGCAGCCGAGCUCUGACCCGGGGCCGAGCUCUGACCCGGGGCCAAGCUCUUCCACAUCAGGUCCCGCCUCCUUGGAGGGAGGGGCAGAGCUAGCAGAACGCCGUGGCUCUGCGAAUGGGCUCCUGCUGGUGAAUGACACGGGGCCGCCGGAGCUGCCAGCUACCACAAUUACACCACCGAGCAAGAGCAGGCCGCCGCUGCCGGGACCUAAACCUCAGGUGCCACCGAAACCCCCCCACCUCCAGCAGCAGACAGGGGUUUCCAGGCCGCGCCCCCGAGCACCAGAAAAGCCCCUCCCACCUACACCCCCCUGCAAACCCCUCCCAGCGGACCCUCGGGCAGGCCGACCUCCACCUAUUCGUGCAGACGGCACCGCCUCCCCCACCUGUGUCUUGUCACUCAUCGAGAAGUUUGAGCGGGAACAGAUCAUUGUGGUUCCUGACAUCACCGGUGGGGCGCUGUGUCCCCGCCUCUCCGACCCCCCCUCCUCUCUGUCAUCCUCCCGACCUUCAUCACCAGCAUCAUCACUAGCCCCGCCCCUCCCUGAAGAGGAGCCGUCCUGUGAGCUCACGAGCCACGACGACAUCACACAGGGGGAUGAGGGUGGGCCUGAGGGUGAGGAUGAGGGGGGAGUGGGUGAUCUACCUGAUGAGGAAGAUGACAAUAAUGGCGAUGACGUUGAUGACGAUGAAGACGACGAUGAUGAUGAAGAGCUGGCGGCUGCUUGCCGGGACGAUCACCAUCACAAGCGUCUGUCCAUGGAGUCAGGUUACAGCCCCUCAGAGAAACAUGUAGAGGAUGAUGUGGUUGCCGUGGAAAUGAGGGAGCAGCAGCUGCAGCCAGCACUGCUUGACCAAUCAGAGUUGCCCUCCGAGCGUCUGUCCCUCCCCUCCUCGCAGACGGACGGCAAGCUGGCCAAUCGAGACAGCGGCAUCGACAGCAUCAGCUCUCCCUCGCACAGCGAGGAGCUCUGCUUCGCGGGUGUGGAUGAUGCGGGCGUGGCCUAUCAGUGCAGCCCCGCCCUUUUGCCCAGACUCUCCAGCUCAUCCUCGUAUGCUGGGGAGGGAGGUGAGGGGGAGGGGGAAGAGGGGGACCCGAGGGCAGGUGCGAGGCGGAGGAGGGAGUUUUCAGAGGAGGGAGACAGCGACCUGGAGGAGGAGGAGGCGGAGCUAACUCUGGUGCUGGCCCCUCCCAAGACAGACCGACAGGACUCUGCUGAGAUGUCUGUCCAGCAGAGGGUCUUCAACAUCGCCAAUGAGCUGCUGCACACAGAGAUUGCCUACGUCUCAAAGCUCCACCUGCUGGACCAGGUUUUCUGUGCCAGACUCCUGGAGGAGGCUCGGUCUCGCUCCUCCUUCCCCUGUGAUGUCGUUCUGGGUAUCUUCUCCAACAUCUGCUCAAUCUACUGUUUCCACCAGCAGUUCCUGCUGCCGGCGCUGCAGAAACGCAUGGAGGAGUGGGACUUAAACCCGCGGAUCGGUGACAUCUUACAGAAGCUGGCCCCCUUCCUGAAGAUGUACGGCGAGUACGUGAAGAACUUUGACCGAGCCAUGGAGCUGGUGAACAUCUGGAUGGAGAGAUCGACUCAGUUCAAGACCAUCGUUCAGGAGAUACAGAGGGAGGAGCGCUGUGGGAACCUGACUCUGCAGCACCACAUGUUGGAGCCGGUUCAGAGGAUUCCUCGCUAUGAGCUGCUGCUCAAAGAUUACCUCCACAGGCUGCCAGAGGACGCCCCGGACUACAGGGACGCCCAGAAGUCUCUGGAGCUGAUCGCCACAGCAGCCGAACACUCCAACGCUGCCAUCAGGAAGAUGGAGCGAAUGAGGAAGCUGUUGAAGGUGUACGAGUUGUUGGGAGGAGAAGAAGACAUUGUUAACCCAACUAACGAGCUCAUUAAAGAGGGACACAUCCUCAAGCUGUCCAAUAAGAACGGGACCACGCAGGACAGAUACCUGAUACUGUUCAAUGACAGGUUACUGUAUUGCGUCCCGAAGCUGCGUCUGAUUGGUCAGAAGUACAGCGUCCGAGCCCGAAUCGACGUGGACGGCAUGGAGCUGAAGGAGACGAGCAGCGUCGCUGUCGCCAGGACGUUCCUGGUGUCGGGGAAACAGAGAUCCCUGGAGCUGCAGGCCAGGACGGAGGAGGAGAAGAAAGACUGGAUCCAGGCCAUCCAGGCGACCAUCCAGAGGCACGAGCAGACGAUGGAGAGUUUCCGACACUUGAACUGUUCACUCCGAGAUGAUGACUCCACGCCGCCUCACUCUCCGAGCUGUGCUGAGCUGGGGAAACGAGCUCCGACUCCCAUCAGAGAGAAGGAAGUGACUCUGUGUAUGAAGUGUCAGGAGCCAUUCAACUCCAUUACCAAGAGGCGCCACCACUGCAAAGCCUGUGGACACGUGGUUUGUGGGAAAUGCUCGGAGUUCCGCGCUCGCCUGUCGUACGACAACAACCGAGCCAACCGCGUUUGCAUCGACUGCUACGCCACGCUCGUGGGCGUGUCGCCGUCUCCCGCCGGGCUGACCAGCAGCAGCCACAGAAGGCGCUCCAUCCUGGAGAAACAGGCCUCGUUGGCAGCAGAGAACAGUGUGAUUUGUAGUUUUCUGCAUCACAUGGAGAAAGGAGGAGGGCGGGGCUGGCAGAAAGCCUGGUUCGUCAUCCCCGAGAACGAGCCGCUGGUGCUCUACAUCUAUGGAGCUCCACAGGAUGUGAAGGCGCAGCGCAGCGUGCCUCUGAUUGGCUUCGAGGUCUCUCUGCCCGAGUCAUGUGACCGCCUGGAGCGACGCCACGCCUUCAAGAUCUCCCAGAGCCACCUGACCCUCUACUUCAGCGCCGACGGGGAAGAGCUGCAGCGGCGAUGGAUGGACAUCCUGUCCAGGGCUGGGAGGGGGGAGGAGCUUCAGUUCCACCGACCAAUUGUGGAGAGUCUUGAGGAGGAGGGGGAGGAGUUUGCAGCUGUGGCAGAGGAAGAAAACACGUGAUUCUGUAGGACAAGGAAUGAUGGCGAUGAUGAAGAUGGGGGCCUUUAAAUGAGGAUCAGUUGGAAACCAGAAAAGAAAACAAACUGUUGUAGCUAAAAUAUCUCACACACACACACACACAAACACACACACACACACACACACACACACACACACACUCUGCUCUCUCUGUGUAUUUAAAGUUGCGUGGUUCGUCUGCAUGAUUCCUCCCGGCUGUCCACACGAGUUGGCGUCUCUCACUCUUUCUCUCUGUCUCACUUCACCUUUUUCUAACCAGUGUUGAAUCGGCGUAGUGGGCGGAGCCUCUUCUGACAGUUGUCUCUCCUUUGAACAAUCACGUCACACUCAUUCGAGUGUCCUGCGUCACCAUUUUCUUGAUUUCAGCACUCCCACGAGCCUCAGCUUCAUCCGGAGUUAUGACAUCACCGUCGCGUCCUAUUUGAAAUAUUUCGUCCACAAAGACCCGAAAGUGAAACGAUGAGAGCCGUAAGGAGCACGUGCACCGCUCAUUCGCUGGUUUUUAAGUCAUUAUAGUAACAAUUCAACAUUUUUCUCCCUGCUGUCGCGCAGAUAAACCAGAAGACGCCACCUCUUGUUUGUGGCCACUUUUUGAUACUUCACAGAAUAAAUAAAAAUUCAGUAUAAAAACGAUCCGCACAUGAAUUGAUAAGGACAAGCGUUAUUACUUUCAGCUGCUGCAAACCCCGAAGCUCUCUGAUUGGACGUUUCCUGGACUUGAUCAACAAUAAAGCACAUCGAACCAACCCCACUGCAAGUCCUCCGCCGCCCACACUUUAAGUUCAUGUAACCGGAUUUCUGGUGAGAGUCUCUCGCUGGUUUGUAACAGGUUUGGUGACUGGGAGCAAAUAAAGUCACAUUUCCUCUACAAGUAAUCAGAGGUGUUACUUCCAGGGACUCAUGUUGAGAAAUUUAACCCUGCGUGGGAUAAAAUCCUCGUUUAGAUCUGGUGGAAAAGCUGGUAGAAGAACUGAGCUCCUCAGCAGGCGUCACAGGAAAUGGAAACGACUUUUAAAUAAGUGUGAUGUGUCUGAGUCAAACAGCAAAAACAACGUUUCAGAACCACGUUAGUCUUCUCCUGAUGUCGUCUCCCGGCUGGAUUAAUCCUCUAUGAGCUCCUGAGCAUCCACAGAACAUGCAGAAUGUGCUCCAGCAUAAAGCAGAGGAAGAACCCACAAACUGCAAGUAAAAAAAAUCCAUAUGAAGAUUCAAAACACAGUUAUUAUUUUGUAUAAACACAAAUAUCUGACAAAACAGAGAAAAUGUCAGGAGCGAGUAAUCCGAGCAUCCUUAAACUCCCACUUAUAGUCAGAUGAAAGCUGAUUGGUUGUGGAAGUGUGACUCAGGUCCUGAUUGAGAACAACAGGCUCCAAAGGUCAGACGUGUGAAUCCCAAAUGUAAGGUGAGGAUGUGAAUAAGCAGCAGGUUUCCUCCCUGCGUUAAAAAAGAAGCUGAGCUGUGCUAAAAAAGGUCGAUGGUGGGAACAGCAGAUUUGAAAAACACAAAGGAAGAAUUGGACCGAUGUUUCCUUCAUCAAUGCACUUAAAUGACUUUUGGAUUUUUACCGCCAAUUUACCCCAGUGAAGAAAUUCUGGCUUUCAACUUUUCAACCAAUUGGAGGAAAGCAGCAGUUCCUCCGCAGCAGCCUCUGCUGUUGAGGUUUUAGCUGAAGCUUUCCUGCCCUCUGCUGGUAAAGUCCGGAACUGCAGUUAAAAAAAAUCCCUGAUCCUGUUCCUCACAGACCUGCAGAAAGUAGCUCAACGUUUGAAGUUUUAUUUAAACUUCUCAGUCUGAGAUAUUUUUUCAUGUAUUUAUUUCCUGAGAGGAUGAUGUUUGUUUCUCAGAGUUCAAACAGUUUCUUCAGUCCGACAAAAAAAAAGCUGAAUCAGACAAACUGGAAGUUUCUUGUAUUUAUUUAUGCUUAACAACUGAAGAGGUGUUAUUAACUGUUCAGUCUUCUGCACAAUAAUAAUAUUAUUAAUAAUAAUGAGUUAAAUGUUGAUGAUUGAUUUUCAGAUUUUCUUUUGAAAUUAGGAUUUUCUGCUCUUGAUCUUCAGAGGUUGGUAUGAAAGGACUUUGUAUCUCCUGAUUUUGACCAAGAAACUCUUUCUGAUGCAGAUACAGUCUCAGUUAAAAUGACUAAAAAUAAACAUUUUGACUUCACAUGUUCUGAUUUUGACAUAAUGUCCUAAAUUUAAUAGACAGUUCUGUUAAUGUUUCAUUAUUUAAUCUGACUGCGGUACAAACGGCAACAUUUUAAUGUAACACUUUGCAUUCAGGAAAGAAAAGCCUUUCGAGGAGGUUCUCGUGUAAAUAUGAUUCAGUUUUUAUAAUUAUUAGGUAUGUAAGUCAUGUGGUCCUGUUAAACUACAACCUCCAAAAUACUUUGCUUUUGUGAAUGCAAAAUGUCAAACAUAUAAUUUGGAAGAAGAAAAUGUUUAUGUGGAGCUGAAAGGAUUUAUUUUGAAUUUCUAGCUGCUCCCAGUGUCUGAUUUUUGUGUUUUUUAAUGGCAGUAAAAUGACUAUUUUGGAUUUUUAGAUUGUUGAUUCAGACAUUUGAAGACUUGGACUCUGAGAAACUGACGUUUUCUGACUUUUAUUGACCAGAAGAUUUAUACGAUAUAAAAAAUAAUAAUGGAAAUAAUCGUCCAAUGAAAGGACUCUUACGAUGAUGUUUUUUGGAUGUAUAAAGUUUGGAUGUUUUUAAGGACAGAGUCUCUAACAGGUCCUGGACCGGACUGCGGACCUUCACGUCUCUCUGGGUCUGACCCAUUCGGUAUUUUGUUUCCUGAAAUGAAUCCAGCGAUUAGAUGGAGCCGAUCUGAACAGAAAUCAAAAGAAAAACUAAAGGCUUUUGUUGUUUUUCUUAUUUUGACUUGCAGUGGUUCAGUAUUUCUCUCUCUGUCUCUAUAAACACAUUUUGGACAAAGUGUUUUGAUAGUGAAAAAAAAAGCAGAUAUUAUGAAUAUUAUUGUUACACUACGAUGAACUGAAACGACUUGUUGUUGGAUAUUUCUGUGUUUAUGAGUCUGGAUUGUGUUGAUGUUUGCUUGAUGCAAGUUGAUGCAAGAAGAAAACAAAGUAAAGAUUUUGUAAAUAUAUAAUUUAUUCUCCCGUGACCCUGUCAGGUCAUGUGACUGUGUAAAGGUUAAAAGGUUAACGCUUGCUGUUCCUCCGCACAGCCAGAGCCACGCAGACGGUUCGAGGACUGAUGGGGUGAAGGUUAAAGGAACAACCUGACGUUUCAGUGACGUCUGUAGCUGUGAGAUCGAACACUGGAAGCAGGGGGAACCUGUUAGCGUAGAAAGGAAAAGAAAAUACUGCCCGGCCAAAAAGAAACGUCACACACUCUUAUGGUUUUCUGGACCGCCUUUAAAUUUGUGGUUUGUGUCGACAAACCUGUGCAUUGUCACAACACUUAUUUCCAUCCAGAGUUGUGGUCAUUUAUUGACAGCAAGGUCUUUGAUGAUUGAAGAUUCGAAUCCCUGUCUUAAAGAUUCGGUUAUGGUCUGGACUCUGUGGUGGCCAAUCUGAUUUGAGCCCGAUGCAUCCUGGCAAAUCCAAUCAUUGACGUGGUCAGCUGACCUGUUCUAGGUCACGUAACAUUGCUGAACCAUGACCUGACCAACUGAAGAAACCCCAGAUCAUAGUCGUCAUGACCUUUGUCCAGUGCUCCAGAGUCUGAUCUUCAUACUCCCUAACAAAUCAAAGCCAUUCUUUUCAAUUAGCUUCACCAAUAAUUGUUUUCCUUAAGGGGACACCGAUGUUUUGUCCCAAUCACUGCGUGUGGAAAUUGAUUUUUUUUACACGUUCACCAAACGUUGAAAGUGACAGCCGAUCCCAAUCGUUCAACACAUUUUUCAGACCACGUAUCUUUUUUAAAGAUGAUGGUUCAACACUUUCUGGAUAAUUCUUAACCCAGUUCUAUGAUUUUCAGUAUCUCCUUUGCUUGAAGCAAUAAUUUGACCUUCUAGUAAGAAAGUAACGUGUUUUCCAUGACCCAGGAUACGUCUUCUGACACAGUUUUUAAAAAAUAAGAAGCUACUCAUAUUAAUCACUGGACUAAUUAUACAGAGGAUGGCUCUUGCCCAUUUGCUUAUUGAACUCUAGAUAGUGACUUUCUUUUUGGUUUGGCAGUGGAUAAACUUAUAAGAUGGCUGGUAGAGAGGAGUGCAGUAUGUCGAUGUGGUGGUUAUCUUUGAGCGGAGUUUAAAAGACGACGCUUUUCCAGGACAGCUUUCUAAAGUUUUCUGUCAGAAUUGAUCAAAAUUCUGCUCAAGAUGGUGGAAGUUGUAAAAUUGGACAGGAAGAAAUACAAGUGAAGAAAGUUAAAAGAAGUUGGAGAGUAAUUGCAACAGGCUGCAUGCAGCUGCUUUGCCUCGUUAACAGACUGUUAAUCAGUUAUUGGUGGUCGCUGAUAAAGCUAAAAUACCAAAGAUGUGCUUGUUCCUGCUCCUCCUUUCACUUUCUGCUGGACCGUCACAGUUUAAAGGCCAAGCUACUCAUCAAAAAUCAGUCAAAAUCAUGAAACUUGUGUUAGUUAUCGAGCUAAUGACACGCAGCUGCUUUCUCUUAAUGUAAAAUGCAAAUGAAUAGGUUGGAAAAGCUAAGCUAACAGUUCCCCUUUGCUUCCACAGUUUGUGCUAAGCUACAUGCUAACCAGAGCAGAAUCUCUGGGAAGCGUUUCGUGAUUCUGCAUUACACAAACUUUCCUCUCAAAAUGUGGAAGCUUUUCUUUAGCUUCUACCUCACCGCCUCGCUAUCUGGUGCUCAGUCUGCACGUGGCUCUGGUUGCUACAGUGUGUUUUUUAGCGUGUUUUUGGCAUGCAAAGCAGUGAUAAUGGAAGGAAAUGGCCAGUAACUCAGCCUUAUAUAGCUCCCAUCAUCAUCAACUGUUUUGAUGUGGUGAAAAAUGCUUAAGUUGCUUCUUUUUGUUUGAGUUUUACUGAAUCUUUUCUGUUGCCAGAGAUCAUUGCAGACUGGAUUAAACUGUUCCUCACUGGUUCUGACGACAGUAUAUAAAGAUGGACAUAGCCACCAUGAAGUUAGCCAUUGGUUUGUGUGGAAUCCAUAGAUACUGGAUAAUUAAUGCUAAAUAGCAAAUUAAAGUAGUACAAUUUCACUUAAAAAACAAGUCAUAAUAUGUAUAAGAUAAUUUUAUUACAUGAAAACUGUCAAUUUGGUUCACUCAUUGGAUUUGAAUUUGUUGGCUGUAACGUCUUUGUAGAGAUUCUUCUGCCAAUCAAAGUAGGGACGCCUCUAAUACUGACAACUUAAGUAUAACUAAGUUCACCCCACUACAGUUUUUAUAAAGGUUUAAAUUAGCCACAGAGACCAAACCCAUGUUGUGGACCAGGGCGUAAACAUGUUUGUUUCUGCUGUACACUCAGACAUUUUAACACGGGAGACUCACUGUUGUAGGCCGCCUCAAGUGGCCAGGUGAGGAACUGCAGUUUAAAAACAAUGGGUACUUUUUGGGUACUAAAAUAGUUCAAACCAAGCAUGCUUGGUUUGAACUAUUUUAGUUUUUGAAGCAGUUUAAAGAAAUAUUUGUAUCCGCCUCAGCCCCUGAUGCGGUUUGUAGUUUCAGAGCAGUGAAAUGCUGGUGCUGGUCUAGGAUCAGUUAUUCUGUCCAAAGAAGAGAAACUGGCUUCUGUGUAAAAACUCCUCUAGUUCUGAUUUUUGCCUUACAGCUUCUGAACUCUUCUUUGUGCCAAUUCAGAUGGGUGUCAGUAUUUAGCCUUUCAGUCUGCAGCUUUAUAUUUAUUUGUUAUUUUAUUCCAAAGGUGUUAUUACUGCUUUUAUUGCUCUUUUUAUUAUUAUUAUUUUAAUUUUUUGUUUUCUUUGGGGCAGUUCUGAUGUGAUCACAGGGGCGUUUGUGCUGUGGACUGUUAAUGGCUGACGUUCCCACACCUCUGGUGUAACAGCAGCACCGUUGUGUAUUCUUCUCCUUCAUGUUGUACUUAGAAGUAUAUUGUUAUUAUUGAUUGAGUAUUGAUUGAUUGCAGGUUAUUGGUUAGUGGCCGGCCACUGCCUUCCAUGCUGUCGAUGUCUGUUUCCCAUCAUGCCCCCUCUGUAAGAAGAUAAAAUGACAAGUGUUAUAAAUAAAAUAAAAGUAUAAAAACUGA